AUGGUUUCUGGUUCGGGUGAAAUUGGAUCAGUUCGUCAAGUAUUUUUUGGAUCGGGCUUGCCUGGCAAAACUAGCGUGGAAAGACUUGAGAAGUUGGACGAAGAGAAACAUAUGAUUGUGUAUCGAGUUAUUGGUGGAGACCACAAGCUAGUUAACUUCCACGUUACCACCUCGUUAUACGAGGUGGUGAAUGUGAAUGAGAAUAAAAAGACGUUUGUAGUUGAAUCGUAUACUGUGGAUAUACCUGAAGAUAGUAAUGAGGAGGAUACAUGCUACUUUGCUAAUACUAUAAUUGAGCUUAAUCUCAAGAAUUUGGCUAUUGUUGUGGAGAGAAUGGUUGAUAAUGGCGUAAAGUCUUCUUGA